GCUAUCUAUUUCAGUUACUCACAACCCGGAAGUUUCAAAGAAAUUUGCAAAAUGUCUAUGAAGAAAAAAAGCACGAAUAUUUCAUCUAUUCUGUUAAAUGACAAUGAAAACGAAGCACUUUUCAAUAUCCUUGGUAGAGGUUGCGUGACACUUGCCUCUGGUGUAUGUCAACUCUAUACAGCUGACCCACCAUCAAGACAGAGGUGGAGCAAAAGAUUUUGUGGUGUCGUUUGUUUUGUAAAAGACAAUCCAAAGAGAUCUUACUACAUAAGAUUGUAUGACAUUAAGCUAGGAGGAAGCUAUGAUAGGAAAGAUGCAGUUAUAUGGGAACAAGAAAUUUACAAUCAAUUCAAGUACAAAGCCCCUAGAGAAUAUUUCCACACCUUCGAAGCUGAUGAAGUACAGGCAGGUCUGAACUUUGCCAGUGAAGAUGAGGCUAUUAAAUUUAAAAAUGCUGUUGAACAGAAAUUAUUGGAGAGGCAUCAGAAAAAAAUUGAAAGGAAGAAACAAACAACUGUUGUCAGUCAUGGUCAUCAGGCUAGUUCUCCUGUUAUGAACAAUGUGCCAGCUCAAGCUCCUGUUGUUAAUGUUGAUAUUAAGUCUGGAUCAAAUACCAUUGGAAAGAGUAAGGGAAAUAAAAAGGACAAGAAGAAAAAACUGACUAAAGAAGAUAUUAGUACACCUACUGCAUUUAGACAUGUUAGCCAUGUUGGUUGGGAUCCUACUAAAGGAUUUGAUAGAAGUGCUGUCCAGAGUUUUAUGAAUAAUUUGGACAAUGAUAUGAAAUCGUUAUUUCAACAAGUUGGUAUAUCUGACACGACUGAUAUGGACAAGGAGACUGUGGACUUCAUUUAUGAUUUCGUUGAACAACAUGGAGGGAUAGAGAAAAUAAGAGAGGAGAUUAAGAAGAAACCUCCCCCUCCUCCCUCAUCUCAUAAUCGUAGCCCUAGAGGUCCGAUGCGUUAUAUAGAUCUUAGUCCUGAAAGUCGUAACCGUGCUACAGAGCGUACUCCAGGAGGUCCUAAACGUUCUAUAGAACUUAGCCCUGAUGGUCGUUACCGCUCUGUUGAGCGAAGCCCUGAAGGUCCUAAUCGCUCUAUAGAACUUAGUCCCCAUGGCCUUAAUCGCUCUGUAGAGGGUAGUCCUGAUGGUCAAAACAGAUCUAUAGAACGUAGUCCUGAAGUUAGCCCGAGUCCAAGAGAGGAAAAAUCUUCAGGAGGUCAAAUAAGAUCAAGCAGCAAGAGUCCAAGAGGAGAAAUGUCCCCAGGUCAAAAGAAAUCAAGCAAUUCACCAGCACAUCCUCCUCCACCAAGAUCAAGUGGUCUACCACCACCACCACCAGCUAGGACUGGUCCACCUCCACCUCAAAGGGGUGGACCACCACCUCCUCCUCCCAAUAGGACAAACCUUCCUCCACCACCAACACCAGCUAGACAAAUUGGUCAACCUCCUCCUCCACCUUCAUUCCAUGCACCUCCACAACCACCACCUCAGUCAUCCAAAGGGGCACCUCCGCCAGCCCCUGCUCCAGGAAUACCUCCACCACCACCCCCUCCUGCACCACCGGCUGCUCCCCCACCACCAGCAGCACCUGCAGCACCAGCUGGUGCACCACCAAUAGGGGUUGGUAGAGGAGCAUUACUGGAGUCAAUCAGAGGUGGCGCUAAUCUGAAGCAUGCUGCUGAUGGACCCUCCAGAGGAGGAGGAGGAGGAAGUAGUGAUCCUAGAUCCAACUUGUUAGAUGCCAUUAGAUCUGGCAAAACACUGAAGGCUGUAGAAAAGGAGGACAAACCAGAGGCUGACCCUGGCCAAGGAGGAGGUAUUGUAGGUGCUUUAGCUAUGGCAUUGGCCAACAGACAGAAAGUAUUACAGAUGUCUGAAGAUGAAGACGAAGAUGAAGAUGACAUGGACGAUGAUGAUGAAUGGGAUGACUAAGUUAUUGAUAAUUAAUGAGAUGACUAAAGUGAGAACGAAAAUGAAACAUUAUAUUAGCAUUGUUACACAACAAUAACAAUAGGACUAUAUAAAUUUAUGAAUUGCAAAUUGUCAUUCAUUUAUUUCCAGUUAAGUGAUUUAAAGAAUGAUUUUCAAGAUGACAGCAUUAUAUUUAUCAGUAAUUGGUAGUGAAAUCUCCAAAUCUAAUCAAACAACAAAUAUUUUGUGUGAUAAAAGCCUUCAAAAUGGACAUACUGAGCUCAAGAUCACUAUUUGAAGCAAAGGGGAAUAACCUGAAUAAAAGAUUGGCUUCUUUUACCUCACUCUGUCUGUGAUAUGGGAAUGGGAAAAAUAAAAAUAUCUUAUCCUUCAAUUUAAAGUUAGGGUUUAGAAAAUUCUCUUUACAGUAUAUUAAAAACAUGAGAUGAUGCCAUGUCUGAUUUUUGUUUUAUACCAAAUUUUGACAGUUAAAUUUGCCAAUCUGGUGCUGGAAUUAAAAAUUUAUUAACUUUUGAUUCAUAAGGUUUUAUUGUUUUGGAUGUAAAGGCUCAAAUUGUACAUAGGUGACCCAAAGGAGAACACAUAUCAUUUUGAUACUUUUAUACAUCAAGUUAUUGUACUAGGUUGGUGUAGGUAUUACAUUAGAGCUAUAAUAAGAAGAUUUGCAUGGGACUUGGACAGCAUUUUAUAAAAAUUAAACAUUGGUGAUGGGGAUUCACGGCUUAAAUAACAAAUUUAUAUAAUUUCAUUUUCUAUUAACAUUGUAACGAACAUGGUAAUGAAAAAAUGCUCUUCAGUCUACAUAAAGAUACUAGAAUAGCCCACAUAUAAUCAGUAAUGAUCAUUAAAUCAGCUUUUAUGUGGAUGUGAGUUGAUUAAUUAUUUUUUCAAGCAUAUGGUCCAAAUUGCUGUCUGAGAUGCGUAAUGUUAAUACUGAUUCAUGUUUUUUGUACUAAGUAAGGAAAUAUUAUUUAAAAUAUGAUAAAUGAUACUAUAUGUAUGAUAUUAAUAUAUAAAUGCAUUUCAUAAAACAGAUAUGCUAACAGGUCAUUCCUCUAUGUAACUUCCAGUUUACCAUUGCUUUAACAUUCCUCAGCUUGUAUAAUUUUGAUAUAGUGAAUGCAUAGAGUGAAAUUUUUGUUGUCAUAUAUACAUGUAUCAGUCUUUUCAGUUCAAUUAUUUUCUUUAUGAUUUUUCUAGUGAUUUUUAUGUUUCUGAUCAACAUAAUGACAAGAAAGAUCUGUAAUAAUGCAGUUGAUCACAUGUAUUUUCCAUUAUUUGAUAUUUAUAUUCCUACAAUAUGUAAUCAAAAGUUUUCAUACAAGAAAAAGAAACACUGUUACAAUAAGAACUAGCACCUUGUACUGUUUUAUAGAGAGAGACACUGUUUAAGUUGAAAUGUUACAAACCUUUAAAUGAAAAUAAUGCUUUACACAUACAUUAAUAUAUAUAAUAUAUCUUAGUAUAUUUAAGCAACGUGUAAGAUUGCAUCCUAUAUUGGUCAAAUAUAUUUGUUCAAAACGAAAUCAACAAUAUUCUAGUUAACUUGACAUAAAGUGUCAACUUAAAAUUACCCUUCAUUAUUUAUUUACUUAUGAUUUCCCCAGAGUUAAAAGUUUCUUUAAUACAUGUCAAAAGUCAAACUUAAGUUAUCUUUUAUUGUGUAUGAAGUUCAUUGCUUUGCAUUUUAUUACAUAAUUAUUUCUUGCAUGUUUAAGAGUUAUUAAAGAAUAUUUUUCUA